ACAACAUGAACAUGCACAAAUUUCUUUUUUUGAAAUCUUUUAUAGGUGAAAAACCGAACAAGAUCCGCAAUGAGUCUCUCCGCUAAAGACAAAGCCGUCGUCAAAAACCUUUGGGCCAAGGUCGCUCCAAGGGCUGAUGAAAUUGGCUCCGAGGCACUUGGCAGGCUGUUCGAGGUCUAUCCUCAGACUAAGACCUACUUCUCUCACUGGUCUGAUCUUCAUCCCGGAUCAGCCCAUGUGAAAAAGCACGGAGCCGUAAUUGUAAGAAAAAUCGGAGAAGCCGUGGCCCACAUCGACGAUCUUACCGGAGCUCUAAGCACACUAAGCGAACUGCAUGCUUUCAAGCUGCGUGUUGACCCUGCUAACUUCCAGCUCCUGGGCCAGACCUUGAAGGUGAGCAUUGCCUUGUACUUCCCUGGAGAUUUCACCCCCGAGGUUCACGUGUCUUUUGACAAGUUUCUUCAGAACCUGGCCGUUGCUCUGUCUGAGAAGUACCGUUAAAUGAAGUACCUGUUUCAGAAGACGUCAUAUAAAUAACAUCCAUAAAUGUUAUUGACAAUAAACAAAAUUGAACAAUA